GUGCAAGGCAGRGUUUGGUAAAUUCUUUGGAGGUAUCUUGUCGGUGUGUUUUGGAGGAAAUUAUUUAUCCUUUAAAGACACAGCAGUUCUUUUGAAAGUUCCUCAAGUUAUCUUUGAAAUCAUAYACAUAUAUUAUUACAAUAUCAUUUGUGAUUGAACUAUGGCCGUGAAUCCCACACCGUUUUUCCAGCUUGGGGACCAUACGAUGAAGGUCUCGAUGUCKYUGUUUGCAACAAACAGGAAACGACUCUGCAAGAGACUUCAGGAAAAUGAGAAAAUCCCCAAAGGCGCUAUUGUARUACUGCAAGGUGGYGARCAGCAGACGAGAUAUUGCUCAGAUACUGAUGUUGUAUUUAGACAGGAGUCUUAUUUUCACUGGACGUUUGGCUGUCUAGAAGCAGAUUGUUAUGGUGCUGUGGAAGUCGACACUGGAAAGUCCAUUUUAUUUGUACCAGAACUUCCUCAAGAAUAUGCAGUAUGGAUGGGAGAGAUUUUCUCCAGAGACCAUUUUAAGAAGAAGUAUGAUGUGGAUGAAGUUGAAUUCACAAAUCAGGUAGCACAAGUACUUGAGAAGAAGAAGCCCUCUCUCCUCCUCACUUUGAGAGGGACAAAUACAGAUUCUGGUAAGACAUGCAGGGAAGCAGCUUUUGAUGGCAUUAGCAAAUUCAAAGUUGAUAACACACUUCUUCACCCUGAAAUCAUGGAAUGUCGUGUUAUCAAGACCCCACAAGAAUUGGAACUUAUGCGUUAUGUCAACAAAGUUAGCAGUGAGGCACACAAACAGUUGAUGAAGCGCAUCAGACCUGGAAUGACUCAAUUUGAAAUGGAAAGCCUUUUCAAACAUUAUUGCUAUUCUCAAGGAGGGUGUCGUCAUGUGUCAUACACUUGUAUUGGUGCUACAGGUUCAUGCUGUGCUGUUCUGCAUUAUGGACAUGCUGGGGCACCUAAUGAUGUUAGAAUUGAAGAUGGAGACAUGUGUUUGUUUGAUAUGGGUGGAGAGUACUAUUGUUAUGGAUCUGACAUCACAUGUUCYUAUCCAGCCAAUGGGAAGUUCACUGACAAACAAAGACAGAUCUAUGAGGCAGUGCUGAAGUCUAGCCUUGCUGUCAUGAAGGCUGUCAAACCAGGUGUGUCGUGGGYUGAUAUGCAUCGUCUUGCAAAUCGCACAAACCUUGAAGAACUCAAAAAAAUUGGGAUUGUAAAAGGUGAUGUUGACGAAAUGAUCAAACAUCAUGUUGGUUCUAUUUUCAUGCCACAUGGCUUGGGGCAUUUCAUGGGGAUUGAUGUGCACGAUGUGGGGGGAUAUCCAGAGGGCUCGCAAAGGAUUAAUGAGCCUGGACUCCGUAGUUUAAGGACUACAAGAACACUGGAACARAACAUGGUCUUAACAAUUGAACCAGGAAUCUAUUUCAAUAGAGCUGUUCUUGAGCCAGCCCUUUCAAAUCCUGAGAUUUCACAUUUCUUCAAUAGGGAGUUAGUUGAGCAAUACUGGAAUUUUGGUGGUGUUCGCAUUGAAGACUGCAUCAUUGUAACAGCUGAUGGUAUGGAACUUAUGACMUGUGUUCCUCGCACAUGUGAAGAAAUAGAAGCCCUAAUGGCUGAGGGUAGAAACCUUCAACCACAUUUCUCUGAACAAGUUGCAUCAAAAUAGAUUAUUUUUUUUAAAAAUGCCUUUCAGAAAUUAUAUUAAGUGAAUAUAUGUAAAUGAUUAAUAAGAAUUAUCAUUAAAAAUGCAUUAUAAAUCGUCAAAAUGAUGUAAAUGAYGUCAUAAUGACRUCACAUUUAGUUCCCACGGGUCAAGAAUGGGUGUGGUGAUUCGUCKUACAUGUGCGAUCGUUGUGUGAAAAUUUCAUGGUCAUAAACSUAUUGAUUCYGAAGAUAUAGAGGGGGUGCUGAAUAGGGUUAAAGGUAUUUCGGUCCAAACUGAAAGGAUGGAAGACGACUUGCGUUGUCACACAAAUCCUAAGCUUUCGUGUCCACCUAGAAUGGUGUUUUGGMUCACAAGUUACAKCAGUUGUUUAUGAUUCUUUAACAUUGAAUAAAAGCUGAAAUUUUGGUCCUA